AUGAUGAAAUAAUUUAUAUAUAAAAAAGACUCAACCAGUUAUUUUUUUGUUGAAUUAGCUGACUAUUUAAGGAUUUUUAGAUGAGGAUUAUGAAUAAUAAUAAUAAAUAGCAAUAAUUUUUUGGUAAAUAAAGUCGUUAGAAAUAUAAACUGUUAUAGGAUGGAAAGAUUACAAAGAAGAUUUUAGGAAAGUAUUUCCAUCUGGCAAUAAUUUAUGUCCUGAAUUUCAUGUACAGAUGCCUGGUUUACAUCCACAUUAAUGUGUUUGUAAGUAUUUUUAUUAUUAUUAGCUUAUGAUCCAAUUUGUAUAGGAGUAAAUUAAGUAGAAACUAAAAUUGAUAAUAAUGUUUAUCAUUUAUGUCAUCCCAGGUUAAAAACAGCAAAUAUGAUAUAUGAUGAUAUCAGUGUAAUUUGUGAACCGCUAUACUAAUUGAGAAUUUAACUUUAACUUGAUGGGAAAAUGAUUUAUAAAUGUGAAAAAAUCACGGAUUUAUGCUUAAUAAAAUUAAUAUAUCCUGUUAGUAAUUAUCGCGAUGAAGAAGAUUGUUUAUUUUUGUAGGUUUCCCUAUUAUUGAAAGGAUUGUGGUUAUAUCAGAUCAGGAUAUGAUUAUGGUAGAAGUUACUAAAGUCCACUAAGUAUAAAUUAUUUUGAAUAUAUAGAAUGUUAUAGCGAAUAAUGU